AUGGUCAAUGGUCAACAUACUGAUAUAUAUCGUGGGUGGCAGGUUAUUCAACAUCUCUAUGCAAAAUUGACAGCGAACCAAUGGCUGCCAUCGUCCGCCGAACAGCAUGGUCGGUGCUCAGGACUGCUGCUGCGGAAAUCGCGGGAUACGUACAUCUGCGAGCCAGAGACAGUCAGCUUAGAACUUCUUGAAGCCGUCCGGAAGUUGAACGUCGAUGUGGCGUUCACUAUGUCAACAGAGACUACAAACGUCAUCCUUAAUGCACUGCAGCCACAGCAGACAGAGCUGAGCUUGCCAAAUGGAGAGCUGGUUCAAAUAAUACCUUCAUUGGGAGAUAUCGCAUCCUCAUGUCAUGCAGUGAAGAAGUUCCAGUAUGCAGCAUUGAUCACAGAGGAGCGUCUGCUCUUGGUCUGGCAUGAUGAGGUCGACAAAAUCCUCCACCAUACAGCCGCAGUAGAAGAGAAGCUGCUCUCUCUUAUCUGGGGCACGGCUAAGCCACUCUUCAUCUCACCAACUGAUGCCUACACCAUGACUCCCUCCACUGCCUCCAUUUCCAUGCCAUAUCUGUCCAGCAAUGCCAAAGAAGCCAUACCGACGGUAAACGCUGUAGAUGCUACAUUUGAUGAGGAAGCUGGAGACAGGAGCGAGUCGUUAGAUCGUCCUCUGGCACUGAUUAGUGCAGUGUACGUGGGCAUUGCUCUCGGGUUGAUAGUAUUCUUGUUGCUAGGGGUGGGAAUCUCGAAAAUCUUCUAUGAGAUACUCAUGGAUGGCAAUUACAUCCGCUUAGCCUUACUCUCGACAAUUCCGGUGUUCCUUUUGUUCGGCAUAUUCUUCAUGAUCGUCGUCUUCGGCAAUAUCUUUCAGGUAUUUGGACCUACCAAGAAUAUUGCAACCAACACUCGAUACCAUUCAGCCAUCAAGCCCAACCUCUCGACUGCAUAUUCCCGUGGCUUCGUUCCACCUCGCAUCACGAUUCAGAUGCCUGUUUAUACCGAAUCGCUGCAGGCUGUUAUUAUACCAACAGUCACCAGCCUGACAGCUGCUAUAUCGCAUUAUGAGUCACAUGGUGGAAGCGCGAAUAUCUUCAUCAAUGAUGAUGGAUUUGCUUACAUGAAUGAGGGCCAGCAACGUGAACGCAUGAAUUUCUACCAAGACAAUAACAUUGCAUGGGUAGCCCGGCCGAAGAAUAAUAGUGAGUGCGGGUAUGUUCGCAAAGGGAAAUUCAAGAAAGCGUCGAACAUGAACUUCGCUCUCAACGUCUCCACCAAGGUCGAAAGACAAAUGCUUAGUAUGAUUUCCGAGAACGAAGUAGAUGGCAAGGCAGUAUUCAUCAACACCGCAGAGGAGGCUCAGUACUACCAGCAAGCUCUUGCUGAGGUACUUGCGUCAGACAGUCGGAUCAAGGGAGCUGGAGAUAUUCGCAUUGGCGAGUACAUCCUCAUCGUGGACUCGGAUACAAAAGUGCCGGUUGACUGUUUGCUUUAUGGGGCGGCAGAGAUGUUUCUUAGUCCAGAAGUUGCUAUCGUCCAACAUUCUACUGGCGUGAUGCAGGUGUCCUGGGACUACUUUGAGAACGGAAUAACUUUCUUUACCAACCUCAUUUACAGCUCCAUCAGAUUUGCUGUGGGUAGUGGUGAGACGGCACCUUUUGUCGGACACAAUGCAUUUCUCCGUUGGAAAGCAAUACAAUCCGUUGGCCGGCCCGAUGAGGGAUAUGUCGCCUACUGGUCCGAAAGUCAUGUGUCUGAAGACUUUGAUGUCGCCCUGCGCCUACAGAUUAAAGGAAGUAUCAUUCGACUGGCAAGCUAUCAUGGGGAGGAAUUCAAAGAAGGUGUCUCACUUACAAUCUACGACGAGUUGGCGCGUUGGGAGAAAUACGCUUACGGCUGUAACGAGCUCGUGUUUAAUCCGAUAUAUAUCUGGCUGUGGAGGGGACCGUUUACCAAGCUCUUCAUGACGUUCAUGUGGAGUAAUCUACAGUUGUCCUCCAAGAUCACAAUUCUUGGUUACAUCUCAUCCUAUUACGCAUUAGCCUCGGCAUUUUCCAUGACACUGUUGAAUUAUUUCCUCGUCGGUUGGUUCAACGGAUUCUUGGAUAAAUACUACAUGGACUCGUGGAAGGUCUUCCUCAGUCUUGUCAUUGUGUUCUCCUUACUUGGUAAUGUCUGCCUUGCUAUAAUGCGGUACCGCCUCGGCCAAAAAACGUUUUGGAGCGCACUGUUUGAGAACUUCAAGUGGCUGCCUCUCAUGGCGGUCUUUUUCGGCGGCCUAUCGUUCCAUCUCAGUGUGGCUAUUCUGUCUCACAUGUUCCAGGUCAAUGUAUCGUGGGGUGCCACCAGCAAGGAGAAGGAAGAAUCGAACUUCUUCAAAGAGGUGCCAAAAAUCAUCAAGAGUUUCAAGUGGAUGUAUGCCAUAAUGAUUCCGGUCGUCGGAAGCAUGAUCUAUCUUGGGUGCUUUGCCCCGGAUGGCUGGAGGAUCUCCGGCGUCAUCUGCACUGUUCCUAUGGCCAUUACACUGUCGUGCCACCUCAUGAUGCCCCUGUUGUUGAAUCCUUCCCUGGUGGUGUUCAACUACUAG